CCCCUCUAUAAAAACACUGCACCUUCAUGCACAAACACAUCACACCCUCAAUCUCAAACUAGCAUUAUAUUCCAACCACUAAUUCCGAUGAAGUUGAUCGGCGCAGUGCUGAUGGCCGCUGCAUUGAUCGCGGCUGUUGCUCCGGCGAGUGAGGCCGCGAUAAAAUGUGGCACGGUGUUUUCGUACCUUAACCCAUGCAUCCCCUACGUGACCGAAAAGGGCCCGCUUGGGAAGUGCUGCGGCGGCGUCAAGGGUCUCUACGGCGUCGUGAAGACGAUCCCGGACAAGCAGAGCGUCUGCAACUGCCUGAAAUCCCUCGCCGGUUCAACUUCCGGCGUCAACUACAGCAAGGCCGCCGGCCUCCCCGGACAAUGUGGUGUCAACAUUCCCUACAAGAUCAGCCCUUCCACCGACUGCUCCAAGGUGGUGAAUUGAAGUGAUGCAGAUUUUGAGUCGUAUUCGGACAACCUAUAUAGAAUUACUAUGAAUAAAAUAAGGCGUACUUAGUUCUAUUGGAUAUAAUGAGCCAAUAUUUAGUGUUUUAUUAUGAAUGAAGCGAUUUCUAUGUAUAUGUGUCUUUAGCUAUGCAAUUUUCGACGUACUAAUUAAGCUUGCCAUUUUAAAUUGUGAUCAA